AUGCCGAAGCGACCAGGAAAGCUACAGUUCAUCAGCUGGACGCAUGGAGACGGCGGCGAUGUGGCCGACACCCAGCGGAGGGCUCACUCGCAUGCUGCCCGCACAGCGCAUGCCAGGGAAAGACGGCUUCGGAUUCUGGAGUACCAAGCACGGAAAGCUGCCCAAGGGAUUGUAGAAGACUGGGGAACCAGAGACAGUGCUCCGGCGGAACCCAUGAAGAACGUGGCCGCAGCGCCCGAUGGCGAUGUCUUCAGCCUGGAAGAAGAGACCUCCAUGCCUAGUCCGCCCCUGAUAGGUCUGCUGGAUUCGGGGGGCCGAGGAGACCCUUUCUCGAGCUUUGCCAGCCCCUUCAACCCCAUCGAGCACUUCCUCUUGUAUCACUAUGUGACCGUGGUGAUUCCCUUCAUGUCAAGCCUAUGCAUCACACUCCGCGAGCACGCAAGAUACUCCGAAGAAAGAAGUCGGGACUGGGUUCAACUCGUCCUUUCCGACCCGGGCAGCACCAAGGGUAUCUUCUUGGCCGCGAGCCGCCAUCUCUCCAAAAUCCACCAGCAACGCCAGAAUUUUCUGCGCCUGUCUUUGCAGUACAAAAUCGAUUGUAUCCAGGCGCUGAGGCGGGCAAUCUCUGCGGGGACAUUGACGGCCAUGGACGAUUCCACGUUUGCCAAGAUCAUAAUCCUGGCUGCCGACGAGUUCCUGCUCGGUAAUCUUGAGAUGUCCAGACAUCACAUCCGCGGCGCGGUCAAGGUGGUGGAGCUCAAGGGCGGUCCGCACACUCUUGGUCUCGGCGGCUUUCUCGAGCACAUCCUGUACAAGUACGUUGGCGAGGUGGGCCUCUCGUAUAAGUUCCAACCGCCAGAGAUACCAAGUUUUUAA